UCUUAUCUUGCAAAAAGGGACUGUCUGCACUUGGACAAUGAUGCCAACACUCCUAUUGUGGGUCCUCAUCCUAAAUGCCUCCCUCAAACCUUCAGAAAGCCAUGGGCAUGACUUUGAGGAGAUGAAAAGCUAUGAGGUGGUUCGACCCGUCAGACUUCACACAGUUAGAAAAAGACACACGGAGAAUCUCAGGCCUGAGACUGUGAAGUACGCAAUGACUGUGGGAGGAAGAGACAUCGAAAUGCAACUAGAAAAAAAUGAUGAAUUACUCACCAAAGACUACACCGAGACGUACUACAGGGAUGAUGGCACUCAAGUCACCACAGCUCCCAAUGACAUCGAUCACUGCUACUAUCAUGGGAGCAUUGUGAAUGACAGCGAAUCAUCUGUAAGCAUCAGCACUUGUGAUGGACUCAGGGGUUACUUCAGAAUGUCUGCCCAGAGGUACCUGAUUGAGCCCCUGUCUGGAGGAGAUGAGGGGGAUCAUGCAGUGAUGACUUUUGACAACAAGACCUUCACACCUGCAGUUUGUGGUGUCACUAACACCAGCUGGAGCGACGACUACGAACCUCCAACAAGCCGGAGUCGCUCCAGAUCAGCGGGUUCAUCUAUUGUCUACCAACAGAAAUACAUCGAGCUCUUCCUCGUUGCUGAUAAUCGAGCAUAUGUGAAGAGUAAGCGAGAUCAGACAGAGCUGAGAAAGAGGGUCUUUGAAAUUGUCAACUUUGUCAACAUGGCAUACAAGCCCCUGAGGACCUUCGUUGCUCUGGUGGGGCUGGAAAUCUGGUCAAAUCGUGAUUUGAUCACUGUGACCCCCCCAGCCGGAGCCAACCUGAACGCUUUCAUGACGUGGAGGAACACUGAGCUGUUGAAAAGGAAAAAGCAUGACAACGCGCAUCUUAUCAGUGGUAUCGACUUUGAAGGCGCAACUGUUGGACUGGCUUUCAUUGGGACUCUUUGCUCAGGUCACUCUGUUGGAGUAGUACAGGAUCACAAUGACCGGGCCAUUGCAGUGGGAGCGACACUGGCCCAUGAGAUGGGCCAUAACCUGGGCAUGGACCACGAUGACUCUAGUGCCUGUGCUUGCGCUGGAGAUAGCUGCAUCAUGGCUGCAGCACUCAGCUGGAAUGUUCCUCGGACUUUUAGCAGCUGCAGCAGCAACAACUACGAGAAAUACCUGAUCAGCCGCACCCCCGGCUGCCUGCUGGACAAACCCGACUACAGAACUCUGGAGGCUCCUUCAGUCUGCGGGAACGGCUUUGUGGAGAGAGGAGAGCAUUGUGACUGUGGCACUGUGGAGGAGUGCAUCAACCCAUGCUGCAACGCCACUACCUGCACCCUGAAGGAGGGCGCACAGUGUGCUGAUGGCGAGUGCUGUGACGACUGUAAGAUCUCACCUCGGACCAACGAGUGCCGCAGGAAGCAGGAUGACUGUGAUGUGUCAGAGUACUGCGAUGGGAAGAGCGCCACCUGUCCUGAGGAUGUCUUUGCUGUGAAUGGCCUUCCGUGCGAUGGAGACCUGGGAUACUGCUAUAAUGGCCAGUGUCCACAGAAGACAAACCAGUGUGUCAGGAUGUAUGGAUCAAGUGCUACAGAGGCCACUUCAGGCUGCUAUAACCAUAACGUGAGAGGAGUCUACUAUGGCUACUGCAGACGUCCCUCAAGGGACCAGUACAUCCCCUGCCAGCGAGAAGACGUGAUGUGUGGGAAGCUGUUCUGCCAGGGCGGUAAUGCCAACCCAAACUAUGGCCGCAUGGUCUCCAUCGGUGUCUGCAGGGCAUCUUUCUUCGACGACUACACCAAAGAUUACGGCCAGGUGGACACUGGGACUAAAUGUGGGGAUGGAAUGGUUUGCAGCCAGAAUGAGUGUGUGGAGCUUGAGACAGCAUACAGAAAUACAAACUGUUCAGCAAAAUGCAGAGGCCAUGCUGUGUGCAACCACAGAAGUGAGUGUCAGUGUGAGCCGGGGUGGAUGCCUCCUUACUGCGAGUCCAAGGAUGCAGAUCCAAGUCCCAGUACUUCAGGACCAACGAUCGCCAUCAUAGUGGUAGUUCUACUAGUGGUUUUAGGUAUCAUUGCUGGUGUGAUAGGCUGCUUCUGGAAAAGACGGCAAAAUACCAUGUUGCCAACUGCACACAGCCGGAGGAAGCCGACAGCAGUGAACAGCUCCGCUCACCGCAUGGCGAGUGCACCAGCUCCUGGUCAACCUAAGCCGGUGCAGGCUGGAAGGCCAAAGCCCAAAGGAGCUCCGCCUCCACCACCACCAGCAGGGAACAGACCAAAACCAGGCCAGAGCUACACUGCUGCACGCCAGGCUCUGAGGCCAGUCCCUCCACCAAAGGUCUGACUUUGGACACAGUGCCAGCCAUCAGUAAACCUAAUGAGACUCACCUUUGUCCACCGUCCCUAACGAGCAGCUGCUCGUAAUCCAGAAAAGCAGAGUUGAGUUUUUAUUAAAGCCGUCCUGUCUUGUCUGUUUCCUCUGCAGUCUUUUUCACUGCAGCGCUGUCUGAUUGUUUGCACCAGCGGCGUGCAGCGUGCAGGACGGACAGACUGGACUUUACAUUGUUACUUGCAUGCCAUGCACUGAGGACUUGUUAUUACAGGGAUUAACUUUUUUUGUUUUUUAAGCACUUUUUUAUUGUACAGGGUUAGGGCUGACACAACUAGAAACAGCUCUGGCCCUGAUUGUGAGCCAUAUCAUUUUAUACAUGUUAUUUUGUCAAAAAAUGGUACGGAAUACCUGGACUGGAUUUUUAUUUUCAAACAGUAUUCAUUGACUGCAGUAGGUUGUUGAUAUUUCAUGUUAUACUUUCAAGCCUCGAAAACAUCCUGAGCCACUUUAAUUAAGCUGGUCUAACAUUUCUGGCACUCUGGUGCAUUAUAUCUGCAUUAUCCAAAUCUAAUGGAAAUACCAACUCUGCAAUUUCAGAAAACAAACAAGGAUUUGAUUAGGGUUGCAGUUACCCAGCUGCUGCUCAGGCACGUCUCAGUUACCUGUCAGCUGUGGCACAUCUAGAGAAAUGAUGACUCGCGCUUUUUUUCCCAAAAAGUGCACGGUUGUGAAAUUGAAAAAGUUGUGAAAUUUUCGUUUGAAGACAGUGGGUUAUAGUUAGCAUUAAGCUAACCAUAACCUGCCUGUGAGAUUGUAAUGGCAGAACGCAGUGUUAAGAUGAAAAUACAGCAUGUUGAAUAAUUGAAAAAAUUAAUUUCCAAUUCAAUCAGUGAACUACAGUUGGUUUUAAUUAAUUAUUACUAAUCUGGUAAAUACAUUUUUAAAAAACACAUUUGCCAUAGUGUUGCUUGUUCAAAAGUUCACCAUGUGAACAGCUACAUAACAACACACUCUGUGAGGUCUAUAUUCAGCUUUCACAUUCAGUACUGAAGCUGGAGGUGGUGGGUUUUUUUUAAAGGUUGCAUUCCUUAAAUGUCUUAAUGCCUAAAUGUUGUAGCAUUACUAACCAAAACCUUGUUACUAGUAAAAUGUGAGUGUACAAAGCAGCAAAGAUUUCAGUCACCAUAACGAUUACUGUAUAUGUUGAAAUUUAGCCAUGGUUGGUAAAAAACACUAUGUGUCAGUCCUGAGCUGUGUUAAAGAGGUCCGUAACCCAGGUGAUAGUAAUUUUGAUGUUUAAAGGUCCAUGACUGAAUAUUGCUCCUCUCUGCUUGAACAGCUUGCCCUCAAGCAAGACAUUUACUCCAAUGUCAGUGAAAGAAAUGGCAUAGGGUUAUCACGUGGAAAUACUUCAUGUAAUUUAAAAAUGGGUAAAUGUUAUUAUUUUGUAAAAAAAAAAAAAAAAAA